UUUUAAGUUUCAAGCUGGAUGGGGAGGCUCGUCUGCUGUACUGUAACUGUGACAGACAGUAGGGACUCAAGUAAAGUGACGCACCACGGAGACAGGCAAAGCCUCUAGGGGGCAAUGUCUGGCGCCAGCAGUGCUAACAACAGCUGGACACUCCUCACUCCUGAGGAGUCAGUCGCUGAAACCCUAAGGCCUUUGGCAGAGGGGACAGAGCACCAUGAAGAAGGCCUCACAUGUGCAGCUUCUGUGGAGAACCAGCCUGCAAACAGUGCAGAGUCUGCAGAGAGGCUCCCUGUGGAGGACCACCUGGUACCGGAAGAAAAAACAGCAGAGCCAGGUGGAGACACAAGCACAGAGCAACACACCUCUGUGGCCACCCCUGUCAUCGAUGCCCCUGUUGCCUCCUCUUUGCAAGUCUCCGGCAGCUUCGCCCCUGACAGUGAUGCACUCAGCCAGUCAGAGGGCCUACCUGAAGCCCAGGCACAGUCCAGCCGUGACCCCGAUUCAUUUUCUGACUCCUAUACCCACAUAACCCCCUCCCCUGAUGAGCCCCAAGCUUCACUGCUGAGCACAGAGACUCUGGGAGGGGUGGAGUUUACACAGGAAAAGGACAGGCUCGCACAGCAAGGAACACUGCAUACGCUGAAUGGGGAGGAGCUACAACAUGAAGGGGAGGAGUCUGACCUGUUUCUGAGGAGGACUGAUUUAGGGAAACAGGCAGUGUACUUGGUGGACCAGCUGGUUAUGGAAUUGUUCAGAAUCUGGGCCAGGCGCUUGUCUGGAGAGGCUGUGGUUGACUCCCCUGUGGAUUCAGAGGUGGGUGAGGAGAGGACUGAGAAGACGGAUGAGGAGGCAGAGGCGAGGAGAAGGAGGUCCCUCUUAGCGGCUCUGGAGCGGAUUGGAAGGACAGAGGAGGAAGAGGAAGGAGAGGAAGUGUUUCAGCUGCCACAGCGGGAGGAAGACAGCGGGUUCUCUGUGAACAAGUGCAUCCUGGUUGCUGUCAUUCUGUUAGGGCUUGGCACCAUCUUUUUCUCAGGUUUCUUCAUGGACCUGGAUGAGGAGAGUGACUAUGGUACAAUGAAGCUGAAAGAUGCAGAGGUACCAGGAAAACAGAAGUGGCUUAAUCCAGAGGUUCCUCCACCCCCAGUAGAUGCUGACAGUACCGAGCUUCUAAAUAAGUUAGCCGAAGAGAACCAGCAGAUUUCUGUACUACAAGCCCAACUUCAGGCACAGAAAGAAGAGCUAAAAGUAGCCAAGGGACAGGCAGCAGAGGGAGCAAAGGAGCGGCUGCGUUGGGAGGAGGUGGAGAAGGAAAACAGUAGGUUGAAGAAAGAAAUGGCAUCUCUCCCUGUCCUUCAGAAAGAGAACGAGAGGAUGAAGAGAGAGCUGGAGUCUGUCCUGGCCCUACAGAGAGAACUAGAAACACUGAGAUCCACUGUGACUGAAUUAAAACUCCCCUCAGCAGCCAGUGAAGCAGCUCAAGCACCUGUGACGCCCACCACAUCGCCCUCCAGUGGCCAGCCAGAAGACAGCAUGCAGGACACAGCCGGAUCUACAGAGAGACGGCCUAAGAAGACAUUGGAUGACCAGAGGGAGAAGAAGAAAGAUGUGAAGAAGGAUGAAAUUGACAUGGGCGAGAAAAAAGAGUGGAAAGAGAGAGAUAAAUCUGAAUGGAAGGAAGGAGAGAAAAAGGAGCGUGAAGAUAGAGUUAAAACGGAAUGGAAAAAGGGAAAACAUGAGCAAGGAAAGUUUGACAAGGAGAAAGAUAAGGAAGGCAAACAAAAGAAGCACAGUGACGAGACAAAACAAUGGAAGGAGAAAGACUGGAAGAAAGAAAAGGCUACCAGGGGUGAUGAAGGAAAGCCUUGGAAGGAUAGGGAAGGGAAGAAAGAGUGGAUAGAGAAGAGUGAGAGAAAGGAGGAGGAGAAAGACUGGAAAAAGGCAAAACAUGAGAAAGUGAAGACAGAUAAACAAUGGAAGGGUAAGGAGAAGGAUUGGAAGGUAGGAAAAGACCAUGGAGAGAAGCACAAGGGCAAGGAGGAAUGGAAAGGAGAGAAGGAAUGGAAGAAGGGGAAAGAUGGCUUCAAGGAAAGUGGCAAAGAGGAAUGGGAGGAAAAAGAUUGGAAAGAGAAAGGAGAGAAGAAAGAGUGGAAGAGGAAAGAUAGUGACUGGAAGAAUAAAAACGGCAAAGAUCACACUAAGGAAGGGAAAGGAAAGGGUGAAAGGAAACAGUGGGAAGAGAGAAAAAAUGGUAAAGAAAGGAAGGGGAAGGAUGAGAGGAAACAGUGGAACGAGAACGAGCGGAAGCGGAACAAUGGUAAAGAUGGUAAGGAGUGGAAGAAGAAGGAUGAGAGGAAACAGUGGGAAAAGAAAGAAGAACCGUGGAAGAGAGGAGGUGAGAAAGACGGAAAACCCAACGGUGAUCGGCGAAAGGACGGAUCGAGCUCCGAGAAACACAAAGACGAGCACAAACGCAACGGUAAUCACGGCCACAAGGCAGAGCACGUGUGGGGAGAUGGGAAGCCUCGUCACACACACCGCCAACCGUCCGUGGACCAGCCCGAGUACUGGGUCCAGCAGAGAGACCGCCUCCAGCACAACCCCAGACCACCACAGCCAUGUGACUCCCUGGAGACCUGUGCUCAGGCGGAGGGGCUGCUCCCUGUCCCCUUCCCCGAGUUUGAGGCCAUCCUCCAGACUUACCUAGCCAAGGCACAGGUGGCGGGAGUGGAUCGUUCCAAAAGAGAAGAGCUCCGAAAGCUAGCCGCCGAAUUCUUCAAGGAUGGACUCUUUGUCCACGACCAGACGAGCUUUCAAGAGUUCGUCGAAGAUUUGGGAGAUAUUUUGGAAGACAUGGUGGAAGGAGACGACGACGCGGAGGAAGAGGACAGCGCCAUCGAGGAAGAAAUGGAGGGGUUUGAAAUACAAGUCAUGAAAAAGUUUUCAGUGCCGGAAGCUGUAGAGAAAAAGGAGAGAUCCAAAGGGGACCGGAGGAAGGAGAGCGGACGAGGACGUGGCUGAUGCAGUCAUAGAAUUGAUGGAUCUGUCAAAAGUAGCUUAAGAGCAGUCCCGACAGAUGAGAGGUUAUUCAAAAGGGAACAUUUUAUAUUGGACCACAAACGCUUACAAGUAUACAUUUAUCAUCCUGUCACCCUUUUAACAGGAUCAUAUUUCACACCUUAAAUCUGUUGUCCAAGAAAUUUCAACUUAUGAUUUAAUUUCACUGUUCUGGGUUGUUUUGUAUUGUACAUAUGCACAUGCACACACAUCAGUUCUUAAUAAUGGAGAAAGUGCUUGCAUCUACAUAUGGUUUCUGUGAUGGAAUUAAGAGAGAAGAAGAUACAGAGACUACUGAAGUAUAAUGCACACAUUGCAUAGCCUUUGUGUGCUCUUUAUUCUACAGUAGGCAAGGCAAGGGAAAUUUAUUUAUAGAGCACUUUCUCAUACACAGAGGUAAUUCAAAGUGCUUUACAGGCAGAAACAACAACAAAUAUACAACAAAUUCUGAGAAGACAAACAUAUUAUAAAGGCAUAACAUAGUUUAAAAACAAAUAAUAAAGUAAUUAAAAUACCAUCAAGCAAGACAAAUUGAAAGCUCUGGAGAAGAGAACAGUCUUUAACUUAGAUUUAAAAAUGGUUACAGUUGUCGGCAAUAUAUUUAGGGCCUAGACCAUUGUAACACUUGAAGGCAAUAAGUAAGGCCUUGAAAUCAAUUCUGAAUUUAACCGUAGUAACAGUAGUGUUCAAUCCAUUGAAAUUUUAUUUGGGAUUGAGCACCUGCAGCUAAUGUUGAACAUCCGUUGGUUUGAAAGUCAUUCCUGCACACCGUGCUACUUUCUCCCUUUGUAUAGGGGAGAUUCCACCUGUUAGAUUGAGUUUGAUGUUACUCUACUUUGACUCUCAUGCAGGAGCAGAUACUGUAUAGUCUUAUUGACACGCUGCACCUCUUCCUCUGCAAAUCACACUGCGCACUGAUGAAGUCUACCUAUUCACUGAUCCUACACUGUAACUGCAGUAUGCCAUCUUUAUGUAUUCAUUGCUUUGGCCUGGCCUUAAAUGUCAGAUUGUCUUUAAAUCAUUAGUUUUUUAGAAAGAGUGGCAUGAACUGCUGAAAAAAAGUUUAGUUAAUAUUUUAUGUGAAAUUAGAGAAGCCUGAAUUGAUUUUGUUUUGGAUGUUUGUACUUGUUGCAUUAAAUGUGUUAAAGAACUAUGUUGAAAUGCAGAAAUAUAUAAUUAACUUAUUUUACAGAGGUUGGCAUAAUAUAGAUACAAAUAUAAUUGGUUGGCACAUAAGAUAUCAACAUGUUGAGCAUGUAUGUUUCUUUUCAGGUACAGAACUCAUGUUGUCCACUAAAAUGUCCUUAAUUAUUGUUUUAUCAUGAAUGGAACAUUUGUUUCUGUCGAUUAGGUCGAUCAUGGCACGUAGUUUCCACAAAAAACACGUUUUCCUUCACACGCUAUCUGUUUACAUGCUAACUUAUUAAAUGUUGCUGGGUCAAGGGUCUACAGCCACAUGGAGAUUAUAGGGCGUUGAUGCAGAACAGCGUACUGCGUGGGCUUUGUGGCAGCAUAGAGAACUUUGUAUGUUAGGGUGUUCGUAUUUGGCCCUGUUACUGUCACAAGAGCUGGAUAAUAAAUUUGGCACAUCCCUGUGUUGAAAUAA